AUGUGUGAGUAUGGUAUGUGAAGCUUUCCAGGAGGCCCGGAAGCUGAAUGGGAGAAAGAUAUUGAGGGAGGUGACGGUUGAUGGAAAGGUGACGAUGACGAUCGCGAUGUUGUUGCUGAUUCACUGGUGGGGCAAUCAGGGCGCAGCAACAGCUCUCUGGAGGCACAGGAGAGAGCUGUGGUAUGGCGCUCCAACAACCUCAACCGGUAGGGUCCCCACCAAAAUUGUUUCUAAGCCUUUAGCGUUCCCCUCCACUCCUAGCGUAUGAUGCCGGCACAACGCUCAGUAACGAGCACGGGUUAGGCCGGUUGACAGCCGGGCAGCAUGUUUUUCUGCACUGUUUCCUCCUAUCGCCCUGCUUCCCACUGCUUCCAGAUCGCAGAUGUUAAAGGACCCAAGGCACGGGACGGUGAUGGGGCGUGGGGAGGGGAUAUAAUAGCAGCCAGGGAGCUUCGGACAAAAGUGGUGAAUCACGCUGGCCCGCCCGCCGAGGUCUUCCCAAGAUUACGCUCAACAAGCAAGUUUGUCUCAGAGCUCCGGGUUUCUGCGGCCGCUGAUUACUGA